CUCACUCACUGGCACCGAGGAGAUCUGCUCUGUGGAGUCAUUGCUCGGUCGCUUUAUCCGCCACCGGUUGAAUGAGCUAUGGAGAACCGGUCAAAUACAGUUAAAGGAAUACGGAACUGUGAGGAUUAGGUUUUUGAAUGACACUUUAGACUGGUUCCCUGUUGUUGUUAGGGGUUGAUGCAGCGGAAUGACUUUGGUUUUCAUCCAGGAGCUGUUGGUGUGACAGUGUUAAUGUGUGUGGAGCUUGAUCAAUAGUUGAUGAGCAGCUCAGACUGACAUCAGCCUCUUUCUUGUUUUGCAUCAUCUCAACAUGUUUACUGGUACAAGAGGCUCAUGUCUGCUGUGUCAGGGAUGAUUGUGGAGCACACGGCAUGGAAAGGAACAUCGGAGACCAGCUCAAUAAAGCUUUUGAAGCUUAUCGCCAGGUCUCCAUCGAAAAGGACAAUGCUAAAAAGGAGCUGGAACAAAUGAGUGAAUAUUAUGAGCGAUACACUCUAAAACUUCAAAAGCAGAUAGAGGACCAGCAGCAGUUGAUUUCAAAACUUGAAGCUAAGUUAUCAGCAACAAGGCAACCAUCAGGAGAGAUGAAAUGUGAGCCUUGCAACCAUCUUCUUGAUGGGGCCAGCGCUUAUAAGAAAAUACCGUACCCGGAGAAUACGGGCACUGUUGCUUCUAGUAUGCCAGUCAACAGCAGCGUUGACUAUAAGGACAUGCUGGACGCGUUUGAAGCAAUUCAAGGGAAAUUCCGGCAGAUUCGCUCUCUUACCAGGAGACAAAAAGAUCACCUAAAAAGGUUCCAUGGAGGAAACGAUGCAUCACACGAUCAGCGGUUCUCCAUGCCCAUCCAGUGCACGGACCGUACAGCAGAGGCAGAGAGACCCUUUUCCUCAGCGCUAAGGUCAGCAGCGGAUAUCCCACUCCCGCCUAUGGCUCUGGCGUCUCGUGGCGCCAGCCCCGAGGACAGGGACAUAGAAGACUCUCUCACCAAACUCAGCGUCAAAUUCCCGCCGUCAGCGGACAGCGAAUAUGACUUUCUUAACAGUGCUCCGGAGAGACACAUUGGUUUGACCAUGCCCACGAAGCGGCCCCUCAGUAUCGUCCCCUCCAUAUUGACAGAAGAGGAGCCCGUGGAACUGCCCAUGCCUUUUGUCUACCCUCCAUCCCCCACCCUCUCAACAUCAUCUUCGCUCUCUCAGGAGAGCGUGCGGGGACCCCAGCAGCCCCUCUGGAGCCCUGAGCUGUGUGAUGCAGUUGACGUGGGGACAGAGCUGGCGACGCCUCAGAGCAGCAGUCCUGAUAAAUGUGCUUUCUGCUACGCUGUGGUUCCUCAGGACCGAAUGAACAGCCACCUCUACUCGCAUUUCUCUCCUAAGAAUGAAGCGGACAAAUGACAGUGAAGGCAGAGACUGACGGGCCGAGGGCCACAACUACUCCAAUACUUACUGUAUUCAUGGUCUAGUCCUGCCUGCCAUGAAGAACAUGCGCUGUACUGGAUUUGAAAUGACACUGCAAUAAGACUUGAAUCCAUUUAUUUAAUAAGGAAGAAUUGAAUGGUACAUUUCUCGCCCAUUAUAUUUUUCUAAUAUCACGCUGAGAUUUUACUCUAUUACAAGUGACAACGAUGCAUAACAUGGUAUAUAUAUAUAUAUAUAUAUAUAUAUGAGCAAAUAAAUCAGACAUUUACUCUUUACAUUUUUUAUCAUUUGAAUCAUUUUCAACAUGGAAACGUAAAAGGGUGGGGUUCUCUAAAAUGUAUCAAGACAUAAAGAUAUAAUGUGGACCAGAAAUGUAUUUAUUAACUUUCAUUCUGCAACAUCUUUAUACAUUAUUAUUUAAAAACAUAGUAUUAAUAACGUCGCAAUUUUUUCUUAAAAGAAACAUGUUUUGCUCCAUAAAUUUCAAAUAAUUUCUAUUUAAAUAAGACUUUUUAGUCAAAAUAAAACUUUUUAGAUUAACAGCAAGAUUUUAUACCUCAAAACAACAAUAUGUCACGUAUUAUAAAUGCCAACAAUAUUCAUCAAAUCACUCAAAUGUUUACGAUUUACAUGUUGAUUAGCACUAUUUUCACUAGCACUAUAUUACAUUGGUUCCUCCAUGUUGUGUACUUUAACCAGGAUAAUUUGAAACAGCUGUAUGUUAUUCUUGGUGCAGAGUUGGGAAUAGUACCAAUUUAGAAAUUAUUUUCAAAGCUGGUAUGCCAUGUAUUCAUUAAAAGUGUCUACACAGAUGGCAACACAUCACAUUAGGCACAAGCUCAUUGUUAAAUCGGAUUCCAAAUUACCUUGCUAUUUGUAUAGUUAUGUUUUUAAUUAGAUAAUAUUAUGUAUUUUGUAUUGACAGGCAAAUUUAUUUUAAUGGACAUUAUUUGACUUUUCUUAAAUCCUAUAAUGCUUUACAAAGUGUUUAAAUGAGACAUUCCAGGUGUGCCAGUUUCAAAUGUCAUAUAGGCUAAUAUUGAUCAAUUAAUUUGUUAUUAGUUAUGGAAAAAUAUGUCAGUUUCACAAAAUGUUAAAGAGACCGAACAGUGAAAUGCAGGUUAUUGUAAUUUGGGAAUGGAACAGAUGGUGUUUCAAUCACUAACAUAUUUUACAGUAUGUACACAACCUAACAUUUGACUAAACCUGAGUCCUUUCUAAACAGCAGCAUCAGCUUUUGACUUCCACACUAUUUAUUCACACCUUUGAAAACAAUUGCAGUGAUUUUCACCAUUCCGAGUGGCGAUGUUUGAAAAAAAAACGGGGACACUGUGUGUUUGAACACUACGUUGUGCAGAGAGGACCUUGCAGCCCUUCAGCUAUGGGCUGGUAACACUUGUGCUCGGUAGAUGAGCUGGUGUGAAGACCGCAAUCAAGCUUUAUUCCUCUCUCUGCAAGUGUUUGGUAUUAUAACUAUAUAUCACUUUCCAAAAUCAAAAUGUGCUUAAUAGACUGAUUGAUUUGUUAAAUCAACCUUAACUGAUUUUGCGCUGCCCAUUUCACUGUGUUUCAUAAAUAACUCAGAAAGGGAUGCAGUGAUGUAGUAAUGCUACCAACUAUUCCAAACUAGUGAGUCAUUAGACUAAGAUAAAGAAGCACUGCUAAAACA